CUGACUUUGUAUAGUUACCCCGGUGUACACCUGCAGCCCAGAAAUAGACAGUCUCCAGGUAUACUGACGGCAGCGAGGGUACCCAGAGGAGACGGCAAUGAGCACCUUGCUUGUGUCCUCCCCGUCUUCCCCCACUGUUGUUCCCAGACCUUCCUCUCUCCCCACUCUCGCCCCCAGCUCCUCUCCUCUCGCCCCCAGCUCCUCUCCUCUCCCCCCCAGCUCCUCUCCUCUCGCCCCCAGCUCCUCUCCUCUCGCCCCCAGCUCCUCUCCUCUCCCCUGCCCUUCCCGGGGGUUUCUCCGCAGCCUUCGUGUCCUGUACCAUAUCUUGGAGGAGGAAGGGGGUGGUCGAGUCCACGUAGAGGACAUCGAGGGGCUGUGGGGUGGCCCCAGUAUCCUCUCUGGGGUCCCACAGGCGCUCAGAGAUGCGACGGCUUCCAGUGGGGGUUACCUGAGCUUCCCCCGGCUGGUGAAAGGGCUCACACAGGCAUUGAGGGCCACAGAACCCCAGGAGGGCCGGACGCGUCAGAGGGGGGGAAAAGGCGUCACUCGCUCCCAGAGCAUCAACCACGACGUCGGCUCAACCCCACGACAUUCCCGUCAGGAGCAGUGCAGCCGCCGACACACGCUGACCGGCGCCAUCGAUUACAACACGCUGCGUCAAAUGAAAGAGUUGGAGCAGCAGCGAGACGCCCUGCUAGACGGAGUCCAACUCGUGGAGCGGGCGCGGAGCUGGUACCUGCAAAGACUUCACGAGGCAGAGCAGCAGAGGGAGCUGCAGUGCGCUGCGGAUCGGAUUCUUUCGCCUCCUCUUCUUGGAUCUUCUCUUUUAAUACAAGUUCAAGAAGUUAACAGAUUCCUCAAUGACCUGAUGUCCCCCGCAGAAAAGAGACGGCCGUCAUACAACACAAAGCACGCGGACGCCGUCAGCGCACUCAAACACCACAACCAGCUGCUUACACGGGAGCUCUCGCUGCAGAAUGAACAGAUCUGGAAGCUUCAGAGGGAGAACGAGGCUUUAUACAGAGAGCUGGAGGAGCGUCACAUACACAGAGGGACUUUCAUAUGAGACACGGGGAGCUCUGCACUUAUGGCCCUUUUUAUAUACGGACUCCAUGCAAGCGAUAAGCGCAGCUGCCACGUGAGGCACAAACAUCCCAGAAUAACCUUUUUUUGCAGUGCUAAUGUGAAUAAACCACGUUUACAUAAAUAAGAACUCUGCAGAGCAUCGCUCCAUCUGAUCAAAAGUCUGCAGAGCAUUUUCCUCGGCCCGGCAUCGUCUUGGGGAAUCCCUGGAACAUCUUCUGUCUGAUCGGGGGCCUACAGAGCUUCCCCAGCCCCCCAAAAAAACAUCUAUUCUCCUGAUCGGAGAUCUGCAGAGCAUCGCACUUCAGCCAUUUACUCGUGAGUUGCUCCUGCAGAGCAUGGCCGCUGGGGCCGCAGAGUCACGCAGAGCAUUUAUCCCCCCCUUACCUUUUCCUGACGGAGCCAAACCCCCAAAGUAUUUGUUUAUGGAUUUUCCUAUUAAAGACUGGAGAUUAUAGGA